AUGCGCAACAGAAAACUCCAUUAUUUUUUUGCUCGGAAUCUGUUAAAACAGAUAAAACAGUGUGAAAGUGUGCGUGUGCGUGGAUGGAGCUGUGCGUGUGCGUGCACGCGGGGAGGGUUAACGGGAGCGCACGCAGACCCGCGUCCGGAUAACUGCACCGGGACCGGGACUACUUCAGCCCGGCUGGGACCCUGCAGGACCAAGGUCUUCAUCUGCAUCCUCGACCCUACUCUGAUGUGAACUGAACCAUUACAUCGAAAGUCAUCCUCUAAAUUCAGGAUCUGCCUGUCCAGGUGUUCGGGCAUCAAGUCAGGUUUUACUGGCAGUGUGUGUGCUUCUAACCCACCAGGAUGUACACUGGACAGUGGAUACCCUAGCCAAAACAGAUCCUGGCUUCUCAAAGAUGACAAGGUGCUGGCAGGCAGCAGCUACAAAAUGAUGGGAGGCAGUGAGACUGUCAGUGGGGGCAAGGAUGGGGUCCACACCACUGCAAUACACGUCCCCAUCGGCUGGCAGAGGAGAGUGGAGGGCGGGCAGGUGAUCUAUGUCAGUCCGAGUGGCACUGCUCUACUGUCUCUGGACGAGGUCAAGACCUAUCUGGUGACUGAUGGCACCUGCAAAUGUGGUCUUGAGUGUCCACUCGUCAUCAAUAAGGUUUUCAACUUCACUGUGGGAGUGAAGGUGGAGCAGCACAGCCAGCCAUUAGGCAAAGCAGAGCAGGACAUGACCAAACUCUGUAACCACCGCAGGAAAGUGGUAGCGAUGGCUGCUCUGUGUCGGAGUAUGCAGGCCUCACAGCUGCCCUUUGCUAACCUUCAUCAUCCAGAGAUGAGCAGUGGAGUGGACAGCCGUAAUCCAAAGCGAAUACUUGUGGGUCGGGAAGAAGAGGACCACAGCAUUUACCAUCCUAAACUCCAUCCGGUCCCAGCUCGACCCCACGGCAACCUCCACAUGAACCCCUCCGCCAGCCCCAAGUCCUCCCACCAGUUUAUUUACCCUUACAAUGGUUCCUCUCCUGUCCUUCACACAGGCACAAACUCUCACCACCCCCUAGAUGCUUUGAGAAGGCUUCAACACCCUCCUCCCAUUCCUGCCUCCUCCAGCUCUUCCUCCACCUCCUCAUUCCCAGCGUACAGCACUGCCCAGAGAUCACCUCGCACCCCAACACCACAAGGUCAAAGAACUCCCCAAACCCCAGAGACUCCGGGUUCUCCUCGGCUAGGGCCCCUCUCUACACCUCCUCCCUCUUCCCCUAUGACCAUGGGUGAAGGAGGAAGAGGAGCACAGACUCACACUCAUCAUCCUCACGGUGUCAUUGUGGGAGGCUCCCCCCUCUCUCCGUCUCUCUCCCUCUCUCCCUCUGUCCAUAACAUGAACUGUGUGUCUCCUCACCAGCGGUCCCGCCACCCUUCAGCGUCUCCUUCCCCUCUCUCUGAUCAGGGAGGAGGCUCGACGGCGGCAGGAGGAGGACUGAUGGGAAGUAACUUGCCUCAGAGGAGGAAAUCCACUUCUUCCUCUCCACACUCCCCUCUCCCCGGUAGCUCCCCAAACCCCAGCCCCCACUUCCCCAAGUACAAGCUGGAAGACAUUUUGGAGCAGUUUAAGAACUCAGGCAACAGCAGCACUAAUAACCACCACCUCCUAAUCCCUACUAGCCCUUCCUUACUGACCAACCAAAGCAGUAGCAACCCUAAUGCCCCCUCCUCAAAGCCCUCAAAGAGUACCAUGAGUCCGAUUCCUAGCGCAGGACCACUGGGUUUUGGGUUGAACUCCGCAGGGACUUCCAGUUUACCUCUGGGGCCGUUUCUGAACCAACAUCACAGCCAUCAGGUGAAGCUGUCAAACCCAGCUUCUUUCCCUGCGAGCAGCCUGCUCUCUGCGGCUGCCAAGGCUCAGCUGGCUAACCAGAUAACCCAAGGCCAGAGCUCAAAGGGGGCCAGCAACCUGUCGAGCCUGCCCUCUUCUCUGGAGGUCUUGAAAGAAGCACAGCAGCAACAGUCAUCAAAGGUAACAAACAGCACUUUACACAGCAGCCACCCUCCCUCCUCCAAAGCUUCUACUAGGCCUCCCCAUCCCUCCCUUGCAGCAGCCUCCUCCGUCCUUUUCCCUCCAUCCCACUCUCUGGCCCAAUCCCUGGCUUCCUCCCUGCCCCACCUACCUCCCACGACAGAGCGCAAUGCGUCGCACAGGAAGAGGCAACGGCGAUCUCCCACAGUGCUCAGCAUGUUAAGGGACACCCAGCAACUGGCUAAUGGGCUGCAGAAGACCCCACCAGGAGACUCUGCAACAGUUAUCAACCUGUCCUCCUCUUCCUCUUCCUUCCCCCCCUCCUCGCACUCCUCCUCUACCUCAGCUGUGCAGAACCAGAAUGCUGUCAUGUUAGAAAACCAUCAUCAUCACCAUCAUCAUCAUCAUCAUCUCCCAAGGCUCCCUGUUCCUCGACAGAUGGCACACCUUUCCAGGCCUCCUAGACAAACUGAGGCUCUGGAUUUCACUACAGGCGGGACACCUAAACCUCUUGGUUUGGAUCCUCCAACUCAGCCUCUGUCCGCUCUGUUGCACCUGCUCAGUGUGCAGAAUGCACAGGCCACAGCCUCAGCAUCCAACUCUGCUUCAGCUCAGCCAGGAUCUGUUUCUAUUGAAGGAGGGCGACACACUAAUAAACAGAGCCCCAGACGGUCACCCUCGUCUCCCGCCCCUCAUUCUAACGUCAGGCACUCACAGACUCGGUCACCGUGCCGAACCAGUAACACUAAUCCUCUACCCUCGGUGCUUCAGCCGCUUUCUCCUCCCCUGACUUCCUCUCCGUUCAGAUCAGUGCAGUCUCCAUCGGGUCCUCAGUCUGCUAAAUCCAGUCCUCUACGGAGGCAUUCUACUUCUUCUACAGCACUGCCCAACUCAAGUUUAGCUUUACACAACAGCUGCAGCCCGUCUCAGCAUUCGUUCCAGAUUCUCUCAGACAAGCAUCAACAUGAGAAUCACAUUCCUACAAUAGACUCUGUUUCCCAGGCACCAUUGCAGGAAACCUCACCACAGGGCAAUGGGGCAACAGAGAUCGGUAGUAACAGCAUGAAUUCAUCGGUGGACCUGAGUCAGUCUCAAGGCAGUGUUUCUAUGGCGAUAUCCAGCUCCCCGAAGCCUCUUGAUCUUAGCAACCAUGUCCUGGCCCUUCUUGCAGCAUCUUCCACUGUACCCCAGGGGGAGGGCAGCUCCUCCGACCGUACCGCUGAUGUUGUGAUGUCUUCUCAAGGAAAUCCCACUGCAGGGCCAGAUGAGUCUAGAUGUGUGGACCCGAAGGUCUCCAUAAUGACCAAACCUCCACUAGCCAUGAGCCCCGGGGAUGGUAUCUCCUGUCGUCUUGGGGAUAAUCACAGUCCUCAUACACCUUCAGCUGUGGGUGACUCAACCUCCCCCUUACCUCUGGCAGAGGCCUUCCCCUUCAUGAACCAAGAGCAGCUGCUUCAGUUGCUGUCAUCCACAGGAGGUCUACCAUCCCUCCUGGACCCAACAGUCCUGGCUUCAUUACCCCUAGGGGGGAUGUGGUUGGGAGGGCAACAUGCACAGAUGCCCCCUGCCACUGCACCACAACCACCACAGACCCUUGCGGAGCAGCAGCAUUCGGAGCAGCAGCAGCAGCAGUUACUGAUGCAACAACAAGAGACGCAGCAGCAAAACCAGGAUCAGCAACAGAAGCAGUUAAACAACAAUCCUCUGUUUCCCUUGCUGCCCUUGUUGAGCGGUGCACAAGGCGAGCUGCCUCUGAACCUUUUGGGCCUGCUAAAUCCACUCCAACCUCCAGGCUCAACGCCUAACCCAGGACAGGAAGCUGAUUUAGGGCUAUCAGAAAAACCUAGCCUUCAGGCUCUGCUUAUGGCCUCCUUGUUACUCGGGCAACAGCACGCGCCUUUGUUACCUCUAUCUGGGCUGGGUCAGUUGAGCCAGGUCAAUUUGGAAGUUCCUUUCCAGCAGCAACAACAUCUCCCCACCACAUUGGAGGGCCUCACCUUGGAUAAGACCUCCGGCCUCCUGGAUCCGUCCACCCUGUCGGCCGCGGGGCUCUUGGAGGUCGCCCAAGGCCUUCUCCCCCUUCCCCCAGGAGCUGAGGGCUCUCUCCAAGCCCUACAGUCUCUGCUCCUCCCUGCCACUCUUCCUCACCCCCACGCAGCCUUCCUGCCCCUCAGCCCUGCCUUGCUCUCUGCUGCCCUGAGCUCUGCGGAGCUCCACCCGUCUCCCCACUCCCAAUUAGCUUCUGCACAGCAAACCCAACAUACCCAACCUCAGGUACCGACUGAUGCUGGUGUUGACACCCUCAUCCCCCUCUCUCUCCAAGGCAAAGACAACCCCAUCCUCCAACAGUUACUGCCCACUUUGCUUAACUCUGCUCUAUUAGGAGAUCUUUCUGGCAUCACAGGACUCCACAACCUGUUGGGGAUUGGAGCAGGGUCCAUCCUCCUACCCCCAGUCCAGACCUCUGCUUUGGGCAUGUCUCUGUUGCAGGGUCCUGAUGGAGCUAUCAACUUGCUUAACAACCUACAGCUAAACCUUGCACCACCCUCAGAAGGAGACAAGCCAAUGUCAUUGCAGGAAACACAAAGUCCUGGCCAACAGGAAGACAUUCCAGCCAGUCAGAUGGCUCCCGAAGUACCCAGUCCUGUUCCUGCUCCAGUUUCAGCUCCUGCCCAAGAACACAGCCCACCCCCACAGCGGGUAUCUGAGGGCAGGUCUGUCAUCGAUCCUUACACCUCUUUCAUGGACACAAUUUAUACCUCCUUUCUUCAAGUCAGUGCUAAAGAGCAGGAAGGCCGGGCCCACAUGGGACCAUCUGACCCCACUUCACCCUUCUGUGCCUUACCACCGGUUUCUUUCCCUGUGGAACACCAUCGCCCGUCCACCCCUGUUGCAACUCUGCCCCAGGCAAGUGCCCCAGUCUCCCUCAGCCCACGUCGGGCCUGUUCCCUCCACAACCCAGACUUAUCCCGACUCAGCUUGGAAGCAGCAGCCCAUUCCCCAGCCCAAGGGACGCCCAAACCCAAUGAGGAUGGGUCUACGUCACCUUUACAAAGGAAACCGGUUAUGGUAGAGGGACAUACCCACCCAGAGCCUCCUCUGCCAUCCAUGUACUUUGAGGAGGCUAAGACAGACUGUACAGGGCCGUCUGCGGCUAUGUGCCCCUAUGUGGAGGCAGGGGUAGAAAGGCAGGGCCAUCUUCCCCAUGGGGGGUACCUCAGUCCCAGGGAUGGAUGCAGUGGGAGGCCCAAUGAGGAGACAGCUGGGACAUUGAUACGCACCGAACAGGGAAGGGAUCAAACUGGAGCAGCGGGUGGAGCCAGAAGAGGAAGGAAAAGGAAACAAACGCUACAGAAUGUGUUGGAAGACUUCAGAGACAUGGAUGCUACAGCACUAGAGGAAACCAAGGCCACGACAGCACUGCUGAAGCCUGAGAGGUCGGUCCGCGGCAGGAGGCGACGAGGCGCCAGGUCUCAGAGGCAGUGAUUGGUGGAGGGAGCCGUAAGUCAGAGCUGUUCACCAAUCAAAGGCGGCCAGACGCCUCACUUUUUCCCCCUCCAUCUUUCCACCUUCUUCACCACUGUUUAGACCUGUCUUUUUUAAAUUCAACUGCACUAAUAUUAUGCCGUUGUCAUGUCAACCAUUGUUAUGGCAACCAAUUUUGAAAAAAACACAUAGAGAGAUCUAGUCCGUCAACUUAAUUUAUAGAAAUGUGUAAAAAAAAAAAUUGAAGAGACAUUUUUUGAAUACUUUUUCACUUAGAUCUUCUCUUAGGUCUAGUUCACAAAAUAAUGGUUGCUUGACAUUGUGAUAAGAGAUCUGUUAAUUAUGGUUGUUGUUAGAAUUCUAUCAAUGAGAAAACACACAAAGAACAGGAGUACUGUUUUCUUCUCAUCAGUGUAUAACUGUGAGUCAGGAUAAAGCCCAACUACUUGAACGAUGCUCUCUGUUGAAAGUGUGUCUGUACGUGUGUGGAUGUGUGUGUCUUUUUAUGUGUCUGAGUGUGUGUUGGACAACAGUGCUACUGCUGAGCCCCUCACUGUCCGACCGUUAGUGGAAGUUAUUUUCAUUCUAGGAAACGAGACCCUAUCUGUUUAUACGAUAAAGGGUUCUCUGCAGAGACACACGCUGGUUGUAUUUGAAAGAAAUGUUUUGAAGGGUUUUCAGAAGGUGCUGGAAGAGAAUAUAAAAAGAGUUUUCUUUUCUGUCACAGUAUAAAAUAUCUUUUUUAUGGGACAAGCCAAGGAAAUAAUGUUCACCUUAUCAGGUUUCAUUAAUCAGUUUACAUUGGCCACUAGUCACACAGAAAAUACCAUUGUAUCAUGAUUCCAUAUGUCCUGUGAGAUGCUCUUUUGUAGUUUGUAUUUCACAAAUAAUUUUCUGAACUGAGAAAACAUUAAUUUAAAGUUUCUUUUGUACAACUUUUGACUCAUGUCAUGAAUCAUGUCAGAAUACCCCGACAGGUCACAGAGUGAAUCUGACAAGAUUCAGUUUUUGACGUUUGCAAGUUCCACAAUAAAUGUGGAACAACUCAGAAAAACUUUGAGCAUCAUUUGUUGCGUUUUUGGGAAACCAACUUGCAUUUCACAUGUUGUCAUUUGCCACUGUGAAGAAUUACACAAAGCUGUGGUGUGAUGGAGACUAUUAUGUAUCCAUUGAUCUAACGUCCAACCAAAUGUCCACUCCUCAGCGGGGAGAUAAAUGUCUGGAAAAGGUAUUGAAUUUAGAAAUUUGAAAAUUUGCAGGAGUUCCUAGUUCAUACAAAGUGCAGUUCAGUAUGUCAUUUGAUUGGUUGAAGGAAUGGCUGGUUAACUUAAACACAGUGAGCGAUGACGUCUUACGUAGAUCUGUUGAGUCUGUGUAUUACUGUGGAUUCCCUUUGUCUCCUCAUGUCACUGUUUGAGCUCUCAUCCACACACUGCCCUGCCCCAAGAGUACUGGCAUCUCUUGCUGUAUUUAAAAAAAGAAAAAAAGAAGAAUAAAGAAAGUGAAAAAGAAAGCAGAUUAUGCAAUUUCUACACUUGGAGAUUUGUACAUAUGUACAGUUAAUGUGUUUUAUUUUGAUUUUAUAUUGUUAGAGAAAGAGACAAGAGAGAAAACAAUGAAUUGUGAAUUUUUCUGGGAAUUGUAAUUAAGUAUUUUUCUCAUUCUACCCCUUGCUUUCAAUACUUAUGUUUAAAAAGACGAUUAAAUUGUGGACUGUAGCUUUCUUUUUUAUAUGGGAGUCUUUUUUUAUUUAAUAUUAAA